CAAAGAUGGCAGCCUCCAUAGUGGAGCAUGGAGAAGAUGCUUUCAGAAAAUUGUUCAAGUUUUACAAGAGGAGAAAUCCUCCUCCGGACUACAGUGAGGUCCUUAAUUUCUCCAAACCUUGUAAUGACAAGGUUUUUGCCUGUGAACUUAACUCCACUCCUAUAAGCGAGGAAGACGUUUCCAAAGCUGGUCUUCGGCCGGUAAAAGACUGGAGGGCAUUUGGUCUUCAUGGAUAUCCAGGGUUUAUCUUUAUAUCCAACCCAUUCCUGCCGGGUUCUCAGCAGUACUGGGUAAAGCAGUGUUUGAAGAUCUAUCCACAGAAACCCAAUGUGUGUAACCUGGAUAUGCAUAUGUCAUCUGUGGAGACUGAAAACAUCUGGGGAAAAAGUAUAGAUGUUAUCCGGAGGAAAGGCUGUGGGAAAAGAGAGCCCAAAACUCUGCUAGAAAAACUGCGCUGGGUAACACUGGGUUACCACUAUGAUUGGAACUCCAAGACUUACUCUCCAGACCACUACACUCCCUUCCCCAAGGAACUUCACUCGCUUUCUCACAAAGUGGCAGCAGCCUGUGGCUUUCCUGGCUUUAACGCAGAGGCGGGCAUUCUCAACUACUACCGAGCUGAUUCCUCGCUUGGAAUCCAUGUUGACGAAUCAGAGCUCGACCAUACCCGACCUUUGUUGUCUUUCAGUUUUGGGCAGACUGCUGUUUUCCUGUUGGGUGGGACUAAUAGGGAAGACCGGCCCACUGCCAUGUUCAUGAACAGCGGUGACGUAAUGGUGAUGUCAGGACCCAGCCGCCUACUGUAUCACGCAGUACCCUGCAUCGUCCCUGCCCCCGCUGGAAACGUGCUGCCACCCUGCCUGGGCCAGAGACUAGAGACGGAGGCACAGGACGAUGACAUCAUCCAAAGCGUGUCAGAAGAGGAUUGGGACGUUUGCUCCUGGUACUUGCAGACGUCUCGGGUAAAUGUGACCGUUCGACAAGUACUUGCUUCUGGUCAGACCUUUCCAAGUUCACAGGCAUCACAUUUGUCAACAGACAGCUGUGAGAAAUCAGAGGAAGGAACUCAAAAAAAUAAGAAGAGGAAAAGCGAAUCAGGCUAUGAGCGUGACACCUAACAUGCCUGUUUUGAAUGUCAUCCAAGUUUUAUUUAUGUAAAAUGCACCUGGUAUUAAAAAUUGUACAUAUAACUUCAAA